AUGACUCCAUUACCCAGCACUUUACAGAAUCUGAUAUCAAUAGUAAUGCUUGAUGUUUGUAAAUCUCAGAUUCACAUGAAAAUUACUUUACAACAUGAACAAUUCAUUCUGAAUGGAGAAGGAAAAAAACUGUUGAAGCAUUCCUCCAUUAUUUCAACCCUACACCAAACCUUACCACUCAUGAAUUGA